UCAGCAGAGCAGCCGCCGCAGUUCAAACUGAGGACGCACAGGGGGAUAUCUUGCAGACGUGGUAAACAGAAGAAAACAGAAGCGUCUCAUGCCAAGCAAUUACAUUCUCUUUUGGAUUUACAAAGGUUUUGAUGUCGGCUCAUCUGGUGUGAAGUGUUUACCAGUUCAGCCUCUGUGUUUGAGGAGAGGAGGUACAUUUCAGCUAUACUCGGGUCUCGUAAACGGAAUGAAUGACCAAGACAAAGGUUGACACCGGUUCCCCGACGCAUUUUGUCUCGUCGAAGGAGAAGAGACAAAAGCAGAAAAUGGAGAGCAGCACUGGAGAACAAGAGCAGCCGCAGCCGUCACAACAGCAGCCUGCCCAGCCGCUACAAGUUACCGAGAAAAAGAAAAUACACCGGGCACCGUCUCCAGCAAGACCCAAAGAUGUGCCCGGGUGGUCCCUCACUAAAAUCCGCGGCGGUAUCGGCACGCCGACGCUGAGCGUUAAACCGGGGGCCAUAUAUUUAGGCGGCCGCGUGUCCAGACGGAGCCCGGUAACCGGGAAGGAGACAAAAACAGAGAAGAGUAAACCGACCGGCAAACCCGCGCUGUCCGCGGUCGGUGCUCAGAAGAGCAUCGUGAAGUCUAAUAAAAGCGGCCGGAGAAAAGUUUCGGACGCCAGCAUCGGAUCGGAUGAUUUGAGCAAGGACUCCGGCUGCGCUCCGGGGAAACUCUCAGUCACCGACAGCAGCUCGGAGCUCUCCGACUGCGCCUCCGAGGAGAAUAAAGUCUCCACAGAUGCGCUCAGCAGCGACACCGAGACCAGCAGCCGCGGGGGGAUCGACGGCGAGAAAGCGCCAGCGGAACAUGGACUGUUGGACAAGAGUGGUCAAACCAAGACCAGCCUGGAGAAAGACCGGCUCUCGCUGGGAAUGGAGACCGCAGAGGGGAGCGUCUCUCCCGGCGACGAGCGCUCGCUCACCUCGUUCGACAGCAGGAUGCCCGCCAGCACGUCCUUGGCGUUUUCGGACCUGACUGAGGAAUUAAUGGACGGGUUGCAUGAGGAAUUAGUCAGGGAAAUUGAGGAACUCAGGUCGGAGAAUGAUUAUUUAAAGGACGAGACGGAGGAGCUUCGCUCUGAGAUGCUGGAGAUGAGGGACAUGUACAUGGAGGAGGAUGUCUAUCAGCUCCAGGAGCUCAGACAGCAGCUGGAUCAGGCCAACAAAACCUGCCGCAUCCUGCAGUACCGCCUCAAGAAGGCAGAGAGACGCAGCAUCCGCGUGGCCCAGACCGGACAAGUGGACGGGGAGCUUAUCCAAACACUGGAGCAAGACGUCAAGGUGGCAAAAGACGUGUCCAUCCGUCUGCACAAUGAGCUGGACGCUGUGGAGAAGAAGAGAUCUCGUCUGGAGCAGGAGAACGAGGAGCUGAGGGUGAAACUACAGGACCUGGAGGUGGCCAAGCAGGUCCUGCAAGCGGAGAUGGAGAAGGCCAGAGAGAACUCUUUGAAGAAGAGAGGUGCCAGACCAAACAACAAACCUGAUAAAAAAGCAUUGCCUCAGCCUCCAGAGGACAGUUCAGACCUUAAGUGCCAGCUUCACUUCGCCAAGGAGGAAUCAGCUCUCAUGUGCAAGAAACUCACCAAGAUGGUUAAAGACAACGAGGCCAUGAGGGAGGAACUGGCAAAGUAUCGCUCUCUGUACGGAGAUGUUGAUGCCUCACUUACUGUCGAAGAGGUCGCCGAUUCUCCUCACACCCGAGAGGCUGAGGUCAAAGUCCACCUGAAACUGGUGGAAGAGGAGGCGAACCUUCUAAGCCGACGGAUCGUAGAGUUGGAGGUGGAGAACCGCGGCCUUCGUGCCGAAAUGGAUGAUAUGAAGAUCCAAGAUUCCCCGGGUGGAGUCGGAAGUCAGCUGCUGCUUUCCACGUCUGAGAAUGUGAUGGAGCUACAGCGCCACCUACAGUUUGUGGAAGAAGAGGCGGAUCUGCUGCGGCGCUCCCUGAUAGAAAUGGAAGAGCAAAACAAGCUGUUGAUGAACGAGCUCAACCACUACAAGUCUGAGCUUCCCGCUGUCACUGAAAUACAGCCGUUGUCAUCCACAACCAUCACUUCACCCACGAUCAUCCCUGGUGCUUCUGAAGAUGGAGGAUCUGGUCUAAACGAAGCCAGCCAUAAAGAACUACUUGCUGCCAGGCUUCAGAUCGCAGAGCUGAACGGCAAAGUAAAGAAGCUCCAGUAUGAAAACCGUGUGCUUCUGUCCAACCUUCAACGCUGCGACUUGGCCUCCAACCAGGGCUCCACACGUCCAGUGCUGGAGACUGAUGCUGAAGCAGGGGACUCGGCUGAGUGCGUCCCCAGCCAGGUGCACCGUGAAGGCCCAGUUGGUGACGAGCAGAACGAUAUUCUGGAGGAGAAGAAUCUGAAAGUUUCAGGAACAAGUCACACUCAUACUGCUCAGUGCCUCAGCAUAAAAGACCUUCUCGCCAUCCGCGACCAGGCACAACUUGUUACCUCAGCCAUUCAGCUUCUGACGUCACCCGACCCCUCCUGUAUCUCACCGGAUGCCGUCUAUCAUAAGAUUACGACAAACGAGUCUGCAGAACCAGUUCUGCUAGAGAAGAGCCAGACCCAGAGCUCCACGCUGCCCCUGGUGGAGGCCCUGCAUGGCAGACUGCAGUCCCUCCAGGCUCAGCUACAGGCCCUCAGUGAGAGGGUGGAUGCCCUUGGGCAGCCCCCAGAGAGGGAGCGUGUGGAAGGGAUGUGCCUGAUGCCCCUGUUGUCUGAGGCAGAAGACCCUGCAGCAAAUUGCUCAUGCCCUGCAGAUGCUCAGUUCAACCAGAACACGACCCAACAGAAGCCUGAUUCUAGAGACCAGCCAGACUGUGAGGUCAAAGUUCACCCGUGCAAGGCAGAGGAGGAGAGCAACAGCCACAAAGACAGCAACAAAGACGAGGAAUCUGAAUUAAAGGAAACAAACUCUGAUCUGCUGACAGAGCAGGUUGGUGAGCUGCAGCAGAAGCUGUGGAGUCAGGAGAGAAACCUGCUGCUGACAGAGCAGGUUGGUGAGCUGCAGCAGAAGCUGUGGAGUCAGGAGAGAAACCUGCGGGUGCAGGAGUCACAGCAGCUCAAAGAGAGCCUGCUCCUCAUCAGCCUCAAGCUGCGCUGGCUCCUCAAACAGUGGAGACUCGGCAAGAAACUAGACACAGAGAGCAAGGAUAUCCUAGAGGUUAACAGUGUAAAAGAUUUUCGUAUCCUGCUUGAGGAAGAUGGUCUGUCCCACUAUGGAGACAACAAGAUGUCAGCUGCUGAGGAGCAGCCACUCAACCCUACACCCAAAGAGCACAGCCUGGCAGAGAAAAGCUGCCCACAGCAGCCUGGUGGAUUCGGCAGUACUCUGUCGGACCUGAAGGUGGCGCUACAAGACCUGAGCGCUGAGCUGCGCGAGGAGCGUCAGAGUUCACAGGAGUUAACGCAGCAGUUUGCCCGUGCUAAAGCAUCAUGGGAAGUCGAACGGAUGGAACUCAAGAGCAUUAUCACUCAGCUGGAGGGUAAGAUGGGGAAGGCAUCUGUGGCUGGGGGUGAAAAGGAUUCUCUAGACCUCAAGGGGGCGCUAAAAAAGGAGCGGGAGGAGCAUCAACACCUGUUGGCGGACUCUUACGCUGCUGUGAUGGACCUCACCAAACAACUGCAGAUCAGUGAGAAGAACUGGAGCCGAGAGAGGCUAGAGCUUCUGGAGCAAUUCAACCAGGAGAGAAGUCAAUGGGAACAGCAUUUACGAGAAGCCCAGAGCAAAGGCACACAGGCUCUGCAUGAUAAAACAUCUGAAAAGGAAAUCUCAGCAGAUGCAGCCACCAGUGGUUCAGGACUGCAAAGGACCAAAUCAAUUUCUGCCCUCUCUGAAUUUAAGAGUCUGCUGGACACUAGUCUGUUCCUUCCUGGUCACAAGGUCAGUGGAGUACCAGAGUGCAAUGUUCCACAGCAUCAAACUACUGCUCCUGCCUCCAUUCUGGCUCGUACCGACUUAAGUGAUCUCAAUAAGAAGAAUUGGAAGUACCUGACCAAUGAUUCUGCAAUGCUGGAGAAGGGUGACCAGUUUAAGACAUGGGACUGCCCAAGCACCAACUCUAACAGCAGCUUCCCUGGACUGGAGUUGAGCAAAGAGUACAUCCAGAGAAGUUACACCGCUCCAGAUAAGACGGGUAUUCGCAUUUAUUACAGCCCUCCAACUGUGAGGAGAAUGGAGAGGAGGCCAGUCAAUGAAAAGGCCCAGCAGGAUCCUCAGCAAGGACCAUCAUCUAGAGACGCAGCCAUGAUAGAUCCAUCAGGCCAGACUGCUGCAUCUGCACCUUUGUCGACAACUUCCUCAUCCACUUAUGAGCAGUGGUUGAGCUCACUUUCACAGCAGCAUAGAGAGCUGCUUGAAGGACGGACGGGAGGUUCUGCACCAUUCCACGGACUGGAGAUUUUAGGCAACCUUAGUGAUGACAUGAAAGAGAUGACCAACUGUGUGCGACAGGCCAUUCGUUCCAGUUCUCUGGAGAGGAAGUGCAGCAAAGAUACAGGGAGCCAGACAGUUGGUGUUUCAAGUACAGGAACGCAAACAGCACAGUUUGUCAGCAUUGGCCUACAAACCGAUGGACCCAUUCCAACAACUAGAGGCCUUCAAGGGAAAGCAUGGUCUCCUCGUCCAUCCACCUCACUUUCAUCUGCACGCUCCCGACAGAUCUCUUCAUCUCUAGAGAAAGUCCACAGUCGCAUAGAUAGACCAUGUUGCUCACCGAAAUAUGGCUCACCUAAGCUUACCCGCAGGGUCUCCACCUCCUCCUCCAAACUGGAGACCUCCUCAACAUCUUCAAGGGAUCGCAGUGUAUGGAAUCUUCAUAACCGUAGUGGAUCUCAGAACGGUUCGGCCUGGGCACGUUCCACCACCACACGAGACAGCCCAGUGCUUAGUGGCCUCAAUGAUGGCUUGACCAGUCUCUUCAGUGUGGUGGAACACUCUGGAAGUGUUGAAUCAUUAUGGAAAGCAGAUCCAUGCUCGGGAAGACAAGCUGCUGGGAAACCCUCCUGUCCUAGCCUAGGUAUCGGUCUGGGAGAGGCGGGAGCUCAGAAGUACGGCAUGGUCCAGGAGUUUCUCCGCAAUGUUUGCGGCAGGACUGUGCCAGCAGGCACCAUGGAUGAACCAAAGCCUGAAUGCCUUCCUGGAGUCUUGAUUGGCACAGACAACAUCACAAAGAUCGUCAAUAAGAGGUUUAUGAAAACACAAAGAGACGAGUUUGUAGCCACUGGAAAGGAUGCAAUAAGCUCAAGCUCUAGUACCCUGGAGGAUUCAGUUUGUGACUGCAGCUCACAAACUGCCACUUCCUGUUUUGCCCGCCACUCCCGCUCCACCACACGACAUACCCAUGGCCAGUGCAAACAUCGAGUGCAAGAGUCACCCAUGGGAACCGAAGAACGAUUCGAUACCAGUAAUGAAUGAGAAUGAGGGUGGCCUCUUGAGACACCCAAAAAGUACACAAAGAAGACAACUGUCAACACUCACCCCACACACACUGCCACACAAAUCCACUGCCACAUACGCCAAUACACACAGACACACCUUUAAACAAACAAAUACAUACUUCAUACCUUCAAUAAAAGUCUUCAGGGUUGCAACAAUGGGACCUUGAAGAAUUCCUGCAUCUGGACUUUCCAAACCAGACCUCAGUUUAACCAGCACACUUUAAUGCCAAGAAAGGUGAAAGAGUUGACCUCCCCUUUAGGUCCACCAUUCCACUGUCAACCAGCCAGAUUUCACAUUGUAAGUCCAUCAUUCCAGCGUAAACCAGCCAGACCUCUCCUUAAACUCUACCAUUCCUUUGUUCUUCGUCCAGCUACCAGGACAGCUUAGCCAGCCAUUUCAAUCCCCAUGGGAGAACUUGAGUAAUCCAAACCAAGUUGACACCAGGUCUUAAUGAAGUCAUGUAGAUAUAAAGGGAACAUACAGCAUGCAACUGAACUACACAAACCAAGAACCUCAACAUGGCCUUCAGUAAGAUCAUGAUGUUUUUUUGACAACUGCCCAGUGGCCCUUACUUUUGACCACAAACAGCAUUGCUUGGAGUAGCUGUAAAAUUGUCCUGUAAACAGCCCUUGAUGGAUUCUUCAAAUUCACAACUUUUUGAGUCUACAAUGGACCACUUUUCCCUUUAAUGGUUAAGAAAGGUGUUAUCACCCAAAUUCAACAUGGUCUCAAUUUGGUAUUAAGUUUAUGUUAUCUAUAGACAAUCAUCUAAAUAGCUUGUUUCAACCACUAUAUAGACUCUGCAACUACUUGGGACCAUCUUCCAUUUUCAAACCAUCCAAAAUAUGAAAUACCCCUGGAUUUCUCUAAAAAGGACUGGAUGAUAUGAUUGAUCAUAUUGCAUUAUGGAUCUGUCCUUUUUAAAACUUAAUAUUCUUAUUAUGCUGUCUGAAGAUGUCUACGACAACACGUUUGGUAGCUGUAGAGUAGGAGGAUAGCAGUUGUAUUGUUUGCUUUGGUAUUCGUACUGUGUUUGAACAUUAACAUUAACACGUAAAUCUCCAUUCCCUGGCUAGGAUGUCCUCAUGAAUUUUAAAGUGUAAUUGUCAUUUUUAUUCUUACCCUCUAGUUUUACAGAAGACAUGUUGCUGGGUGCAUCUUCUGCAUUCCUCCUCUUUAUAUUCUCUGUCUACCUCUUCAUCCUCCAUCAUUAUGCUGAAAUAAACCUAAUGGACCUUCAGUCAGGGUAGACGCCAAUUUUCAUUUGAUGGGAAUGAAAAACAUGAGAUAGAAGUACAUUCAGUUUAAUAGGUGGUACUAUUGUGUGUUGGGAACAACUCUGCACAACUUGAGUUGGGAAAAUUACCUGUGACUGUAGAAAACCUAUUGAACUGAGACCUUGUUCUAAAUAUCAUGCUUGUGGUCAACCUUUAAGGCAUAACAUUGGUCAAAUAAUGCUGCAAAGACUGUGGGGUUGUAACUGUAUAGUCUAUAUCAGUGCAAGCUCAGCAAAAGUGGACAUAAAAGGUGCUUAUUGGCCUAAAAGGGAGCUCGUAAGCACCCUUUUGAAACCUAAAAUUGUAAAUGGGACACCCUAUAUGCCCUAUUGCGGCACUUGCGGCAGUGUCAAUCUCUUACAGCCUCAUUCAUGCCAAAUUGAAUGUCGUCUACCCUGACUAAACCCCAUAAUCCUAUUUUCCAGAACACAUUUGAAAGCCUCACAAAAUACCAAUUAUGCAGAUAUUACAUAUAUAAACAGAGAUAGGUUUAAAACUGAAACACUGAAUGCUAAUUAAUUGGCCAUAGUGAGAUUCUGAGAUUAGUGAGAUUUUAUCAAAUAAUCCCAAAAUAUAAUCCAUAAUCUGACCAUUCAUGUAGCUAUGCAGUUACCGUAAUACGAGUGUGUGCCUCCCUGUAUCUGCCCCUGCAUCAGUCAAGUAUGAUUGUAAUGUGUUUUCUCCAAUCUCCAGUUGGAGUGAUGCUGCAGAAACUGAAGUUUAGUCCUUUUUGCUGGUGCUUUUCUUAGAUUUGAUGACAGUACAUUAGAGGAAACAUUUUUGUAUGCAUUUCUCGAGCCAUAAGGAUUUGUUGAUUCAGCUCUUUUAUAAAUCGGGCAUUAGUAAAGUUUCAGAAUAUCACAUUUCUCAAUGUCUGGCAAAAACAAAAACAAAACAAAAAACAGUCAGAUAUUAUAAACCACGCCUAUUAUUUCCCAGACAAUGUCUCCUCUUUAUCUGUCACAGCCUUGCCAUAUGUCCCACAGCUACCUCUUAAAUCAAAACUGUAUCUUCCAUUACGUUUAAUCCAUUCAUGUUUCAUUUUGAAGGUCACUAGAGUGCCUUUUAAAAAAAAUUUAAGCAACAAGAUAUCUGUUAGGAGUAGGUUUAUGAGGAACCAUCUAAUGAUGGCAAUGAUACAACAGAUGUUCUCAGAAGACUGCUGCUAGCUACUGAACCCCUCUGUUUUUUGAAAAAGACAAAAAUGAGACAAAGUCUGUAAAGUUAAAUGAAGUGCAAAUUCAAUCUAUAGUGUAUAUUGUAAUUUAUUACAGUAGCCAAAAUGCAGUUUGAGGACAUCUAAGAGUGAAAUCUGCUAAUGUAAUCAGUCCAACCUUUCUUUAUAAGCCAUUUUAACUUGUUUGAAUGUUUCCUGAGUUGAGUCUGAUGAUGUAGCUUUGCCCACUUAUACAUAUCAGACAAACGGUGUACCGUCCUUUCAAGUGCCCCUUAACCCGUUUAGUCUUUGUAUUCGUGCUUCUGAUUUUGGUCACAUGAUCUCUGAAAAGACAGGGGGAAUGACCUUAGUUCAGGAGCUUUUCGUUUGAGCGCUCCCACAAUGCUGAAGUCUUACAUCAAACCCUACUGAUGGUUUGAGAAUGGAAAUUUCCCCAAAUUUAGCAGAAGAAUGUAAAUGAUACCAAUUACACAGUUUCAUAGCAAUUCUUAAACCAGUGACAGAAGUUUAAAAGGUCAUGUGGUUGGUGGUUUUAGAUUUAAAGAGGUUGUUUUCAUGGGAGCAGCUCUCUGAUUGGCCUUCCUAUUCACAAUAUUGGUCUUCAUCACGCUGGUGUCAUCACAACACCCUGUUUUAAUGCUUAGCAAUAUAUACAACACCUUGUCUCUUAUUGAUGUAAAUAUUUUUUGCUAAAUUAUUAUAAAGAGAAUGCGUGUAUAUUUCUUUUUUGUUUCCAUUUGAAAUCUCUUUCGAAUGAAAAAAGAUGAUGAGAGAUGGACAUUGAGAAACCUUUCUAAAUGUUUUAACUUGAAAUCAGAUAUACUGUAAAUAAAUACACAAUUUGUAUUCUUUCUAUCCUCGUGUAGGAAAUGUUGAAUGUCUGCCAACUUGAGCUUGAAUUCUGUACCUUGCCUCACCUGAAUUAAAAACAUGAGAAGAUUUUGUGUAAAUAGAAACAUUUUAAAAAUAAAAG